AUGUUCUCUUUCACCAAGAUUGCCUCCUUCGCCGUCCUCGCCUUGGGCAUCCUUGUCUACGCGUAUGCUCUCCCGGCCGUCGAGGAGUCGCACCUGCGCUUGCGGCAGCCCCGCUGGUCUUUCUGGAGCGACGCUGCCACUCUCCGAUCCAGGGUCACCAAAGUAACCUCGCUCAUCCAAUCGGUGACGACGUCUUUGUCGGAUCUUGUCGUGCAGACACAGGCCCAGGUGCUCGCCAAGUUGGACGGAAGCGGUCUCCUGAGCGUCGGCGACGUCGCGGGCCUCGUCGGAGGGCUGUUGAACAUCUUUGGUGUGCUUGGGCCCCUUACGACGGGUUCGGGGGCGUUUGGCGGUCUCGGUCUGCUCACCCCUCUUCUGUCUGUUGUAGAGUUGCUCGUGAGCGUUGUGGUGACGCUGCUGGGAACUACGGUGUCCUCCCUACUGAGUAUUCUCCUGCCGCUCAUCCUUGGUCUCGUUCCGCAGCUCCUGAGCCUUGUCAUUUCCUUCCUCUUGGGCUUGCUUGGUCUCUGA